AUGAGCGCGCAGAAUCAGUUGCCAAAUCUAGAUAAGAUCUUCCGAGAUGACGACGAGCCUGAUUUCGUACCAUCGGGAGGGUCUAAUCUGGCUGCCAUUUUUGGACAACAACCGAAGCUCGAGCCUUCUGUUAAACAAGUACCUAAGAAGAGUACUCGAUAUAACAUACAGCAAAUUGUACCAUCUUCCAAGACAGAAAUAUUGACAGCUAAAGCUGUACACGCUUUUAAAUUGCAAAAUGGCCAAUAUGCUUGUAUCGGAAAGGUUGGUAUGGCCUUGACAGGCAAUGUAGUAACAAGAGUAUAUCAGAUAAUUUUGUACAAGACUAAGCAAGAAUAUAUAUCUGUCACCACAGUGACACGUGAUUUUGUGUAUACUGUACAAACGAAUAACUACGCUAGUUAUUAUGAUAACAACAAAGAAAAUUGGUCAAUUUUAUUUGAGAAACAUGAGCAUUACCUAGAGUUUGCAAUAGAAGUGGGACUAGCACGCUAUUUUGCGUUGCAAGAGAAAGGAGAGAAUGUAAUCUAUCAAGAUUUAAUGCCAAGCGAUAAAGAUGUGAUCGCGAAAGAGGGAGAUGACAUAUGCAUCAAAUAUUUCGUGGGGACUGAGAUUAUACAACCUUUUAAAACAAACUUCGCAAUGUCGCAGACAAUGACUGUGGAAAUAUCGACGGAUGAAAAUUGGGAGAGGAUUCUUCUGGGCAGCGGCAAGGGACUGAAAACAGUUCUAUUUUUACCGCCUAGCAAACAGAUUAGUUUAGGUCCUGGAUUUCCUAAAGAGAGAGAUAUUAUGCUGAUAAUCGAGAUAACCGAUAUACGGGUACAGGAAGAAAAUUCAUCGAUACCCAAAAAUUUAACGAGUGGAAACCCAGCCAUAAUAUCGAGAAUGGCUAAAAUGGGUCAGUCCAUCUUACCAAAAAUGCCUCUACCUUCCACUACUGAUUCCGAAGAUACUGAGGAUGAUUUACCUCAUACAUCUCCUCGUCAUAAGAAGAUCGAACAAUCAGAAGGAACUUUGCAAAAGAAGAAUUCAUCCUUCGUAUCAUCAGAUGAAAAAGAGGCCAUUCAGAAAGCUGUGGAGCCUAAAAUUGGAGUGCCUUCUGUAGAUUCUAGUACUUAUAAGCCAUUAGUUUCUGCGCAACCAUUAACACCACAAUGGACUCCAUCAUAUUUUGCUGGACAUUACGUAACGAUGGAUAAUCAGAUGUAUCCUGUAUCGCAGACUGUAAAUCGUGCAAUACCAGCUGCUCUGGAUCCCGCAAUGAAUAUGUUGCUAUCGGAAACGAGAAUAGCGAACGCAGAAAUACGAAUGGGGAUGUCCAAAAUAUCUGAUAAUGUUCAGAAAUUAUUGGAUAAGUUCCAUGUACUUGAGCUUCAAAAUGCGACAACUCCUACGAACGAUAAAGCAACUUUAGAUGCUUCUUGGAAAAUGCUAUUAGCAUUUAAUGCAUCUCAAACAGGAAUAAAAGUCGACGAAUUAUCAAAAAAUACUGAUAAAGAUAUGUCAGAUGGAAAGAUUCAGGAGGCACAGAGCAAAAUAAGUUCUUUAGAAAAUGAUUUAAAACAAUCAAAAGAGGAAAAAGAAUCAUUGCUUCAAAUUAAUGAAAAUCUGAGUAAGAAGCUUCAAGAAUUGGAAACAAGACUAACCGAUACAAAUGACGAGUUGAAGAGAACCAAAGAAGCCUUAGAAGUAGCUAAAGAUACAAUUGCACAGUGUAAAGAAGAAAAUAUUAGUUUAGAAAAUAGACUUUCUAAAUAUCAUAGAGAGCACGUUCUUCAAGCCGAUACAACAUCUUGCAAACAGAAAGAUAUUGAGAAGAAAAAUAAAGAAAUUAAGCAAAUAAUGAACAAAACAUACCAUACAUUAUCAGAAAAACUUGCGGAUGAAUCACGUUCUGAACUAUCUUUUGAUUAUGUAAAAUCAACUAUUGCAAACACAAUAAAGCAUAUCACUUUGCAAGUACUAUAUGAAGAUCCCGACGAAGAAGAUAGAGAAUCUAAAGCAAUUAAAGAUGUGAAUUCCACAAGUAUUAAAACUAUUGACCAUCAACAGAUUGAGGAACCAACAAUUGAGAAAUCAAUAUUAAACCCAAACAAUGACAGUGAUUUCUCAAUAAAAUGUACGAAAACUUCACGAUCUACUACGAUCAUGCCUAUAUUUGAAAACGAACCGCCACCUGUUCCACUUGAGGGCAUUGAUGAAGUUGAUAGCGAGUGAUUGAUUAAUUUUGAUUUUUUAAUUUAUUUCA